UCGCCAUACAAACCACAUCGCAUCGACAACGCGGAAAAAACGCGUCCACGGAAAUCGGUGUGAAAUACAAAUACGGAAAGAGAACUGUUUCUAUACGUAUAUUAUCCAAUUAGAAAGCAAAGAAAUUGAAAGAAAGUUUUUAACACCAAACCUAAAUCACAGGAAGAGCUUGCACAAUGCCAAAACCAUUGGUCAAUUCCUGUUGCUUCUGCCAAUCAACUAAAAAUGGCUCCUACAUAUCUGGCCUUCUGGCCAUUGUGUUGUCAAUUAUAACCAUAGUUGUCAUAUUCACGACACGAGUGCAUUUCAAGACAAUUGUCUUUGACUUUAUACCCAAUGAUAUAGUGAAAAUUAUUUUGGUAAUCAAUCUAUGCAUGACAAUUCUUAUAUCACUUCUUAUGAUUGCCGGCGUUCUGAAGCGCAAUCAUUACCUGAUGGUGCCUUGGGUAGUGCUGGGCAUAAUGAUUGCUAUUGGACUGCUGAUUUCUGUCAUUUACACGGCAGUCGUCUUUUUCAUCGAUGGCUUCGUACUGACGGGUGUUCUAUGGCUAAUCUUCGGUCUGAUUUGUUGUGCUGUUUUAACAUAUUGUUGGUGUGUGGUCUACAGCGAAUAUGCCAAACUCUCUGAGGAAAAUGAACGUGGACGAUACAACAAACAGCCAUAUCGUCGUUAGGAGUUGCUUUCCAUCUGCUCACAUCGCCAUCAGCAAUCCUCUUCAUUGUUCCAUUGCUACAUUUUAGUUAAUUUACGAUUCAAAACUGCUUGUUCUUAAUUUAGUUUAACUAAUAAUUGUAAUGUAAUUAAUUAUUAAUACGCGUGGCCGAUUAAAUUGUCGAAUUUAUGAAAUUUA